UGUGCUGUUUUAAUAAAGAUAAUCCUGAAUAUAGGUAUUCUCUUAAAUGGCUGACUUAAAUUCUACUAUUCAAACCAAGAAACCAAAAAAACCUAAACGAAAAUGUAAAAAAAAUAGCAUAUUGUUGAUGAUCAUGAACCUACCACCCUCGAUGACCGAAAAAGAAUUUCUCGAACAGGCAGGUGAAGUCCCCGAAAACUAUGAUUUCCGCUUUUUUGAUGCAGACUUGUCUUUAGAAAAUGCAACAAGUAAUGUACAAAUUGAAAUUGAUGGAAAAUAUUUACAUAAAUUUCUUAAUAUAUAUGAUGGAUACAAUUUUGUCGAUCAAAAAGGUGUGACCUAUUUGUCAUAUGUUGCAUGUGAUCCACCGCUGGAGCAGACAAUUGAAAACUCCACCAUACGUAAAAAUUUGACAAAUAAUUGCACUAAAAAAAAGUCUGCAGUCACUAUUCCAACACAGCAAGCGAUGGAACACAAAAGUCAGAACAGCCUUAAAGAUCACGUUCUUAAGAUCGGUGAUGAGAACACUACGUGUGGAAAGACGGUUGGUUUUGUUAAAGAGGAUGCAAGUAAAUUUAAGCCCAAAAGUCAUAACAAACACAAUGCAAAGGGUUUGAAUACGAACACUACUCCACCUACAAAUGUUAGUAAUCUUGGCCUGGGUGCAAAAGUACAACUAUCACAACGGAGUGCUACAGAAGCUCUCCGUGUACCAACGGUUAAGGAUGAUAUUCUCAAAAUUGGUGAUACAUCACCCACGGUGAAUGCUGGUCCCAAAUGUGGAAAGAUGGUUAAAUUGGUUAAUGAAGAUGCAAACAAAGUUAAACUCAAAAGUCAUAAACUAAACAAUGCAAAGGGUUUGAAUAAGAAAACUUCUCCACCUACAAAUGUUAGUAAUCUUGGCCUGGGUGCAAAAGUACAACUAUCGCAAAGGAAUGCUACACAAGCUCUCCGUGUACCGGGAUAUAAAAAAGGUGCGGUAGAUCAGAAAGGUCAGUCUGACGUCAAGGAUCACGUUCUCAAAAUUGAUGAUACAUCAUCCAUUGAGAAUGCUGGUCCUAAAUGUGGAAAGAUGACUAGAUUAAUUAAAGAGAAUGCAAAUAAAGUUAAGCCAAAAUGUUAUAAAAACAAUUUCAAUGCAAAGGGUUUGAGUGAAAAUGUUUCGCCAUCUGUAACUGCUGGUAACCAAGGCCUGGGUGCAAAUCUACAACUAUCUCAAAGGAAUGACAAAUUGCAAUAUGGGGUAGGCAAAAAGCUAUACAAUGAUCAGAAGUUUGUUAAGAAAUAUGGCAAGGUGAUGAAGUCUGCUGGUGAAACUUUGGAGCAAAGUGCAAAGCAAAAUUUCAAAGCUUUUACCACUGGUGAAAAGUCCCCAAAUCAAGUAAAGAUUUUUAAUAAAGAUGGUGAUGGAAAUAAUAUUCAAAAUACAGGGAAGAACUCUGAUAUGGAUGAUAAAGUUGAAACUAAAAAUGAAAAAGUUGUACCAAAAUACAAUGGCACAAAGAAAGGUAGAAAGGGAACAAAGAAUAAGAAAAUAUUUUAAGAAUAUUAGAACGAGAAGAAAGGCAUAUCAGCAACCUUACUCCAAUAAGUCUUCUCGUUGCCAUCAAAAUUAAAAACUUUUAUCAAAAUUUGUCGAAUUUAAGCCGUGCACUAAUAAGAAACAUAAAAAACGUAAAGAUAAAAAGUUUUAAGUAACUUUUCAUAUAUCAAAAUAAAGCUUUUAGAACACAUAACACUACACAUUUCACAUAGUAUCAAAGUUAACAUUAUUAAGAAUUUAAGAUUAAUGCAAAAAACUAAUAUCACAUUCCUUGCACAAUAUUCAAUAAUGAUAAUGAGAAAGUUCGAUAAAUCUAAAAAGAGUAGUUGAUACUACUUGAAAACAAAGGAACUCUUCCAGAUAUGAAGAAAAAUUGUCAUUCUUGUAAAUCAUUAAAAAUCAAAUAUCUUU